AUGGACAACAACGACAUUGUGGACACGAAAAAAGAAAGCCUGGCCAGUGAUUCGAGCGUAAGUUGGAGUGAUCGUGGAAUGUAGUUGGAGUUCAAUAGCAGAAACUUUGUUUACAGGUUGAAAAAUUAGCAGAAACUUUGUUUACAGGCUGAAAAAGAGGCGGAAACUGCGAUUUUUAUGCUAAAGAUUAGGUUUUUGAUGUUGUUUUAGAUGGAAAUUGAUGUUUUAAGCGGCUUAAUAAGUCUUAUUAGAUGUAGAAGGAUUGAUCUUAAAUUCUCUUGGGUUUAUAAUUGCAGGAAUUUAGUUUACAGCUUGAAAAAAACCUAAAAAAAUUGUGUUUUCGGUGUUAAAUUUGGGUUAAAGCAAGGUUUUUGAUGCUGUUUUACAUGGAAACUGAUGUUUAUAAGCUGCUUUGUAGGUAUUAUUAGAUGUAGAAAAGAUCGAUCUUGAAGUAUAUUGGGUUUACAAUUGCAGGAAUUUAGUUUACAGCUUGAAAAACUUCAAAAAACCGGAGUUCACUGUGUCCAAUUUAGGGUAAAACAAGGUUUUUUGUUGUUGUUUUAGGUAUAAACUAAUUUUUUGAACUGUUUUUGAAAUUAAAAUGGAUUAAUCUUGCUAUAUAUUGACCUCGAGAAUACAUAAAUUUAGUUUACAGCUUGAAAACAGGUCGAAAAGUUGCGUUUUCAGCUCAAAUUUGGCCGAACCAAGGUUUUUUUGAUGUUAUUUUAGGUAUAAAUUGAUUUUUUGAGCUGAUUUCAAGAGUGAAAUAAAUGUUUUAUGAAAGAUAUUGAUCAGUAUUUUAGUACACAUCUAAAUUUGAGCUCAGACAAGACAUUGAUAUUGUUUUACGUAACAAAAAGUGGGUGGGUAUUGUAGUUGGUAUAAGUUGAUGUUUUUAUGCUUUUUUUAGUACGAAGAUGGUGUAAUUUGCUAAAAUAAGGUUGAGCAUUGUACCGAAAAUUAAAAUUUCGCCAUAAAAAUUCAAUUUUUGUUGUUUUAGAUAACAAAAGUUACGUGGAUAUUGCAGUAGGUAAAAGGUGAUGUUUUAGACUUUUUUUUAAUAGGAUGAUGGUGUAAUUUGCUAAAAUAAGGUUGUGUAUGGUACUAACGAUCAAAAUUCAGCCUUAAAAAUGCAGUUUUUAUUGUUUUAGGUAACAAAAAUAAGGUUUUUUGAUAAUAUAACUUUGUUCGAAAAAUUCUGAGCUACCUUACUCUGCAAAUUCGCUUGAGAGAUGGCUCAGAAUUUUUUGAACAAUUGUAGAGGGGCUCAGAAGUGUUUGAACAACUCAAAAGUGGCUCAAAAUUAGUUGAACAACAUAAGGCUCAGAAUUUGUUGAACAGCCCAAUAUCUUACGUAUAAAUCAAUAUAUACCUAAAAACUAUACCUAAAAACAAUUUUGCAGGAAGAGUACAUUGUCUACACUCCCACAACAUCACCGUUCAACGACGAGAGCGUGCGUUUCAUUUCGAGUAAGACCUAUUUCAAUUUGGUUUCGUACGAUGAGCUGCCGGACUGGCUCAAGGACAAUGAAUACCUACUGCACAACCAUCGACCACCCCUCAAUGACAUUGCCCAGUGCAUCAAGAGUGUGGGCUGUUUCCAUACGGAGACGAUGAACAUCUGGUCUCAUUUUGUUGGUAGGUUUGGUACUGUGUAGUCUUGUAAAGAAAGUUUUUGCAAUUUUUUGUUUUGUAAAGAAAGUUUUUUGUCAUUUUCUGUUUUGUAAAGAAAGUUUUUGCCAUUUUGUGAUUUGUAAAGAAAUUUCUUGCCAUUUUCUCUAUAUUCAAACGCAUCUAUCGUAUAACUUAUCAUCGGCAGGCUGCGAAAUAUAAAUUUUUGUUUUUUGGAGGCGGGACGUGGCUAGGGGAAGGGAGGGGUGAAUGCUGAAGACGCACAGAGUUACAUUGAAAAUAAGUGGGAGAAUUACUUGGACAAGAUUGUUGAGGUAUGUUUUAUUUUUUUAAUUGGUGCAAAAUGCAUAAAAUUGCUUUUUAACCUAGAAAAGUUUUAUUUAUGCGUUUAAAAAAUUUUAUAGUUUUAAAAGUUUUUAAAAAUAUUUUGCAAAUUUCAAAAAGUAUUUCUUCAGGCUUCUGGAACUGGAUUUGUAGCGAAAUCAGGUGUUACAUGGGUCGACUUUUUGAUGGCAAACUUCUAUGAAAACUCAAUUGGAAAGCACUUUGUUAUAAGGUUUAGAAUAGCAAAAACUUUCUUUACAAAUGAAAAAAUUAAAAUUUUUUGUAAUUUUUUAAUUAUACAUCCGCAGCCUGCGUCCUAUGAUUUAGAUUUUGUAAGUUGAAAAAAUUUUUAAUCUCUAAAAUGACAGAAACUUUCUUUGCAGUCUUAAAAAAUAUUGAUUUUUUAAGCUUUGAAAUAUCUGCAGGCUGCGGGUGAUAUGUUAUACGAUGGAUGGGUUUAACAGUAUAAGAAAUUGGAAAAAUGGAAAGAAAGGAAAAAACUUUCUUUACAAAACAAAAAAUGGCAAGAACUUUCUUUACAUAACACAAAAUGGCAAGAACUUUGUUUACAAAACAAAAAAUGAAAUAUUUUCAAACAUAUUUAUUAUAUUCCGUGUUUUCAGGUGCGUUGAUGUUCGUGGCAGCGAUGAUUGUCUUCCUGAGUGCACCAAUAACACAAUCCUUGGAGAACAAACUAAUCUUCCUAAUCUUUUUCGCGGGUAUUAUAACGUGUCUCUUGUUUUCAACACUAUUUCAUGCUAUCCAUUGUCAUUCGGAGAAGAUGUUCAAGACCGUCAUUAAGUAAGUUUGCACCCCUACCUCUAACCCUACCCCCUAUCUCUACUCCUACCCCUAUCCCGACCCCUACCCCUACCCUUACCCUUUACCUUUACUGUGCUUCUUUUCUACCAUAAUCGUGCACUAUUGUAGCUCUUAGUUACUGUACUUCUUUUUCAUAUUAACCCUGUUCUACCGUAGCCUUUUCUUACCGUAACCCUUCCUUACCGUAAUCCUGUCUUACUGUAGCUCUUUCUUAUCUUAAACCUGACCUACCGUAGUCAUUUCAUACUGUAACCUUGUUUUACCGUAACUUUUUCUAACCGGACCCUGUCCUACCAUAAAUCUUUCUUACUGUAACGUUAUCCAACAGUAUCCCUUCUUUACCGUUACUCUUUUAUAUCGUAACCCUGACCUAUCGUAGUCAUUUCAUAAUGUAACCUUAUUCAACCGUAGCCCUUUUUACCGUAUCUCUUCCAUACCGUAACCCUGACCUAUCCCAGCUCUUCUUUACCGUAACUUUUUCCAACCGUAACCUUGACCUACCGUAGCCCUUCCUUACCGUAACCUUAUCAUGCUUUAUCUUUUUCUUACCACAAGCUUGUCCAACUAUAGCUCUUCUUUAUCGUAACCUUGGCUUACCGUAACCCUAUUCUGCUUUAUCCUUUCUUACCGUAUCCCUGGUCUGCCGUAACCUUGUCUACUGUAAUUUUAGUUUUGAGUUUUACCUGUUUACAGUAAUUCUAUUUCACGCUGCCCCUAUAACUUACCGUACCCUUUUCAGACUUGACUACUGCGGAGUAAUAUUGUCAAUGUGCACAUCGUUCGUACCAUGGACGUACUAUGCGUUCUAUUGCCAACGCAUCUACAUGUGGGUCUACAUCGCCCAGAUUGCCAGUCUGAGUAUAGGGGCCUUGAUCGUGUCACUAAUGGAUCGCUUCGCUGCUCCAAAGUAUCGGCCCCUGAGGGCGUUGGUUUUUUCCGGAUUGGGGUUGAGCUGUAAGUGAAGAAAAUUUGUUUACAAAUUUUGAUUGUUAGGAGAUUUGAGGUUUUUAUGCAAGAACUUUCUUUACAAAACAAGAAAUGGCAAGAACUUUCUUUACAAAACAAAAAAUGGCAAAAACUUUGUUUGCAAAUCGAAAUAUGACAGGAACUUUCUUUACAAGACAAAAAAUGGCAAACUUAGGACAUAUUUUAUCGUAUAACUUGGUUCGCGCAGUCUGCAAACUCUGAAAUCGCUAAAAAUUACUGAAAAGUGCAAGAACUUUGUUUACAAAACAAAAAAUGGCAAGAACUUUCUUUACAAAUCAAAAAACGGCAAAAACUUUCUUUACAAAACAGAAAAUGGAAAGAACUUUGUUUACAAAACAGAAAAUGGCAAGAACUUUGUUUACAAAACUAAAAAAUUUAAAAUUUCAGUGAUGAUACCACUAGUCCACCUGAUCUACCAAAACGGCCUGAACUACGCGUUCCAGUACGCCGGUCUGGCCUGGCUUCUCCUAAACCUACUGUUUAGCGCCGUAGGCUUAACAAUGUACUGUCUCCAACUGCCAGAACGCUUCAAACCCGGGUACUUUGACAUCUUCGGGCAUUCACAUCAGAUCAUGCACGUUCUCACCGUUCUCGGAGCAGCAGCGUUCCUCUGCGGGUUGUAUGAAAUGUGGCAGCGAACAGAGAAUGGGACAAUAUGUCUACCGGACCCGGCUAGCGUAUGA